AUGUUGGCACAUUAUCUGCGACGGCGCGUUUCGGUGGUCACGACGGACGGGCGCAACCUCGUCGGUGUGCUGCACGCCGCGGAUCAGCUGCUCAACCUCGUCCUCACGUCCUGCGUGGAGCGUGUGUUCGACGACGGCGACAACAACAACGAUAACAGCCACGAGGGUGGCGCAGGUGGCCGUGAUGGUGGCGAGAUGCAGGAGUUGCAACUGGGCGUCAUGAUGAUACGCGGCAGCGACGUGGUGUGUGUGGCCGCCGUGAACACUGUGGAGGAGGCGAGGGUGAGUGCGCGGGCGUGGCGUGGCCGCAACCUGCCGGCUGUGGAGCGUGUGCCACGUGCUGCUGCAACGGCGGAGUAG